UCGGCUGGCUUUACACUGGUGUGGAAAAGAUGGCUGCUUCGGCGGCAACGGCGAGUUCUUCCCCCGGUUUGUGUCCAAAUUACGCCGUGAUUUGCUCCUUCCUGGAGCGGUACGGAGCGUUGUUGGACUUACCGGAGCUCACUUUUCCUCAGCUGGAGAGAUAUUUGCAGGACACAUCCUCAGUACCAAAGUUGCUGGUUGAUCUUCAUGUGAAGUUGCUGAGGAAAAUUGGCAAGUCAGUGUCUGCAGACAGGUGGGAGAAGUAUCUAGUAAAGGUAUGCCAAGAUUUCAACACAACAUGGGCGUGGGAACUCGAGGAAAAGGGAUACAAGGAACUAUCAGUGGAGUGCAAGACGGGGAUACUUAAAUAUUUGUGUGAGUGUCAGUUUGAUGAAAAUGUGAAGUUCAAAACUGCCAUCAAUGAAGAGGAUCCAGAUAAAAUGCGUCUGCAGCCGAUUGGCAGGGACAAAGACGGUCAGAUGUACUGGUUUCAGCUGGACCAAGACAAUAAUGUGCGUGUUUAUCUGGAGGAGCAGGAUGAUUUAGAUGGGUCAUCAUGGAAGUGCAUCGUCAGAGAUAGAAACGACUUGGCCGAGGUUGUGGCAUUGUUGAAGACACAAAUUGACCCUGAACUGUUGAAACGGGAAGAGCUAAAACAGCAAAGCAAACCAGGCGGUGAAGAGAAUAAAGAUGACGUUAGAAAGUCAGAUGACACGUCAGAUGAAGACAGCAAGGACUCCACUAAGCCUGCCAACACACUUUUGCCAAAGACCGAGGACAAGGAAAAGGAAACACAGAAAGACGACUUGAAAUCAGAAACAGAAAUUCAUUCAGAAAAUACCACAAAGGCUCAUAACAUUAAAGAAGAGCCGGUUGAGGUGUCUGAAGGUCCGUGUUUAUCAGUAAAGUCAGAAAGAAACGAGGAGGUCAAGAGGAGCACUGCAGAAGACAUCCAGCAGACUAUUAAAAAUGACCAGCAGGCCAAAAUCCCUUUAAAAAAAAGAGGAAUGAAGUUUAGUGAAGACUUUGAAAAAAGUAGCAGCAUUACAGUUCAAAAUCCAUCUGUUACUCAGGUAAGGGAAACUUUGAAUUCUGACACAAUUCCCGAACAGACAAAGACUGCACUAAAUGAUCAUGUUAAUGGUGAAAUCCAGCCUGAAUUAGUUAAAGAUUUUCAGAGUCGGUUAAGUGACCCGUUAAAAGACUCCAGCACCUACAAACAGCAGAAUACUGAAUCAGCAACAGGUAAAUUUGCAGUUGGCAGAGGAAAUGAAUCACUGUCCGCAGAUAAAAAAGACAGAGAUGAGAGCACAGAAGUGGUCCGAUCAUAUCAGGCUGACCUGGACAAGAAAGACGCACAGGCAGAAAAAGAGACUACAGAAUCAGCAAAGAGGGACGCACACGAUUCUGCUUCAUCACCAACAGCAGAGUCAACACCCUCACUCAAAGAUGUUAAUAAUGCAGACACACAGAAAUCUUCUAAUCAUGAAAAGCGUGAAUCCACAAUGGAAAAACUGGCAGACAGAGAGGAGACUUGUACUGAAGACAAGACAACUUCAUCAAAGGUAACUGAUAAAACAUUAACGAUCGAUCAGUCGGGCAACUCACAAUUAAACCAUGAAGCUAAACCCAAAGAAACAGAAACAAGGGACGCGGAGGAAAAACCAGACCCCGUAGACAUGGACACAUCAGAGUCAAAUCAGAUAGAGAAAACUAUUACAUCUUCUGCAUCAGACAUGAAGGAAGCAGACUUGGAUAAAAUUAAAAUAUCUGGAUCAGACGUAAAGGAUUCAAAAGUGGUAGAAACUAAGGCAACAUCUGUAUCUGACGUAAAGGAUUCAAACAUAGAACAAACUAAGACAUCAUCUGUGUCUGACGUAAAGGAUUUAAACAUGGAAGAAUCAAAGACAUCUGUAUCGGACAUAAAGAAAGUCAACGUGGAUGAAAGUAAAACAUCUGUAUCUGACGUAAAGGAUUUAAACAUGGAAGAAUCGAAGACAUCAUCUGUAUUGGACAUAAAGAAAGUCAAUGUGGAUGAAAGUAAAACAUCUGUAUCUGAUGUAAAGGAUUUAAACAUGGAAGAAUCGAAGACAUCAUCUGUAUCGGACAUAAAGAAAGUCAAUGUGGAUGAAAGUAAAACAUCUGUAUCUGACGUAAAGGAUUUAAACAUGGAAGAAUCGAAGACAUCAUCUGUAUCAGACAUAAAGAAAGUCAACGUGGAUGAAAGUAAAACAUCUGAAUCGGACGUAAAGGAUUCAAAAGUGGAAGAAACUAAGACGACAGCUGUAUCUGACGUAAAGGAUUCAAAUGUAGAACAAACUAAGACAUCAACAGUAUCGGACAUAAAGAAAGUCAACGUGGAUGAAAGUAAAUCAUCUGAAUCGGACGUAAAGGAUUCAAAUGUAGAACAAACUAAGACAUCAUCUGUAUCGGACGUAAAGGAUUUUAACGUGAAAGAAUCAAAGACAUCAUUUGUAUUGGAAAAAAAGAAAGCCAACGUGGACAAAGCUAAAACAUCUAGAUCGGACGUAAAGUUUUCAAGCGUGGAGAAAACCAAGACGUCUGUAUCGGAAACAAAGCAGGCAGAUGUGAUUGAAACAGGCGCAAAACCUAUGGAAAUAUCUGAAAUAAAUGUAGAGAAAUCCAAUAACUCGCAAGAGAAGGAAGUAGACAAUAACACAAAAACUGAAUCUGUAGCCACAGAUCCUGAGAAGAAAACUGAUCUUUCUGAAAACACUGCAUCACCACCUGUCACCAAACUGACAGAAACGCUAAAAGAUGGUGAGAACACAGACACCCAAAAAGUUACUCAAUGUUCUCCUGCUAAUAAAAACGCAGGCGACUUAAUAAUCACUGAUGAAUCAAAGGAACUUUCCAACACUAAGGAGGCACUGGAGCUUUCUCCUAUUGAAGAGGUGAAUAAAUCUGAGUCGUGUAAACCUGCUGAGAAGCAGUGUAACAUCAAAGAUGAAGAGAUCACGCCGAAGGAAAACAGCGAGCCCUCUGGGAGUGAUACUGAAAAGACAGGAAAUACUGACCGGACAGAGAAGCCUGAAGACACGACAACGUCUGUCAACAGCGAAGACGCCGCAAUACAUGAUGUUACCAAGAUGAGUGACUCUGUGUCUAGCCUGUCGGAAGUAGAGGCAGUGGCCGUUAAACAGGAUCUGACAACGGCACAAGAGGAUGACAAAAUGGAGACGAACUGUGCUGCACAUGAAACAUCUGAAGAAAAAGCCAAACCAUCUAGUCCUGUUGAAAAGACGGAGGUCUCUGGAAAAUCUGACCAAAAAGAAGAAAAGCAAGACCAAACUGAGGUUGAGAAUACAUCAUCAGAAAGUAAAAAAGACCCCGAUAAUGAAAAACCUCAAAAAGUCAACGAGGAACAGCUAUGUGGAGAUAAAGACACUGCUGAGGAUCCCACAACAGAUAAACCCUCAAUUACUGAUCAAACAAAGGAAGAGGAACAUAAAAAUGGUGAAACCUCCAUGGAAAUAGACGAGUCUGCUCAUGAAAAUGUGAGCAAGGAUUCUGAGGCCAAGUCCUCGGGUGAACCUGAGAAACCAGACCGUCCAAGCAAAGAACCAGAGGCCGAUAAGAGCACCGACGAGGAAAGUAAGAGCAAAAGUGGCGAACAGGAGAAACAGGCGACAAAUAGGGAUCGAUCAGACAUUCGGGUUGUUGGCAGUCGUCAGAGAAUUAGGCUCCCGGCCCAUCGAAGGAAAGCAGAACUCCUGAGGGAGGAGAGACAAGGGGAUUCAGAGUCCGAUACAAACGUGGGCAGGUCUCUUCGGAGGUCGCCGAGGAUCUCUAGGCCGACACCAAAGGCGGUGGAGGUCCAUGACAAGAAGAGUGAGAAACCGCAGGCUCCACCAGCUGAGAAGGACGAGAAAGACAAAGAAGAGAAGGAGGACGAGGAGGAGGACGAGGAGGUGCUGGUGAAGGCUGUUCAAAAGAAACCCAGAGAGAAAAAGCCGGAUCAAGAGGGCCAGCCCAAACCCAAGGGACGAAAGAGACGGAAGAUUCGCUGGUCGAACACACGAACGCGCCGCAAAAAGAAAAGUUCCGAAGACGAGGACGGCAACAGCGACGAGGAGUCUAGCGAGGAGGAGGAGGAGACGGAGGAAGAGGACGACAGCGAUGAAGACUACAAGGUCGAGCGGAGCCGCAAGAGGCGGAAUCGGAACCGAGAGAGACGAAGCUCGGACUCGUCCACGUCUUCAGACGAUGACCUACCUCCAAACGAUGACCCCUGCAAACACUGUGGUCUUCCAAAUCAUCCUGAGCUGAUCUUACUGUGUGAUUCGUGUGACAACGGAUACCACACAGCCUGCCUGAGGCCUCCCCUCAUGAUCAUCCCUGAUGGAGAAUGGUUCUGUCCACCCUGUCAACAUAAGCAGCUCUGUGACAAACUAGAAGAGCAGCUACAGAACCUCGACGCUGCUCUGAAAAAGAAGGAGCGAGCUGAGAGGAGAAAAGAGCGUCUCAUUUACGUUGGCAUCAGUCUUGAAAACAUCAUCACGCCCACGGUGGAAGCAGAGGAGGAGAAGCCUGAGAUCAUAAUUAAAGAGAAGAAAGAAGUGAAGCGGAGUAAGAGCUGGGGUCGAAGGUCAACAAGAGCAAAGAAAACCAUCAGCUACAGAUUUGAUGAAUUCGACGAAGCAAUCGAGGAGGCCAUCGAGGAAGACAUCAAAGAAGCAGAGGGCGGCGGAGCCGGUCGGGGUAAGGACAUGGCCAACAUCACAGGCCACAGAGGAAAGGAUAUAUCCACCAUCCUUCAAGCAGAGGAGGGGAAGGAGAACGGCCGGCCUGCGCGGCCCACUGCUGCUCAGCGCAGAAAGAAACGCAGGCGACUCAAUGACCUGGACAGCGACAGCACCGUGGACGAGGAGGAAAGUGAAGAAGAGUUUUGCCUCAGCGAAAGCUCAGAGGAAGAAUUUGUUGUAUCGGACAAUGAAUCGGAGGCUGAAGUUGAGGUGGGGUCCAAUGACAGCGACUUUGGCAGCAACGGCAGCAGUAGGCAUCACGCUCCUUCACGGAGCAGGAAGCCGCUACAGCAACGACGCAGCUCCAGAAAGCGACGAAGACCAAGAGGAUACUCAGACGAUGAGGAAGAAGAGUCGGAUGAGGACGAUGAAGAAGAUGAAAUAGCGACCGAAGGCUCCAGCGAGUUCAGCGACAGUGAUCUUGACAUGAGUCGGCGACGGUCUCGACGCAGUCAAAAGAAGCAGGUGAACUACUGCGAGACGUCGGAGUCUGAAGGCUCUCAGGCAGAAACCAACCGGCCCAAAAUGAAACACCGACGCCUGCAAGAAAGCUCAGACAGCGACGCGAGUUUCUCCAGAGACUCAGAGGAAGAGUCGAGGGUGAAGAAGAGAGUGUAUUCCUCAGAAGAAGACUCGCGGCAUCGUCGCAGACGGCUGGCGCUGAAACGCAGGAGAGCAUCUGAAGACGACGACUCGGACGACGACUCGGACGACUCGUCUUCGGAGGAGGACCGUCCCAUCCGCAAACGGGUGAACCGCAUCGACUCGGACGACGACGAUGAGGAGGAGGAGCCAAAACCCAAGGACAAGAAAGCAGAGGAGGAGUCAAAGGGAACAAACCCAUUGGACUGCAAUCUAGCAGAGCUGCCACCCACCAACGGACAGAACCCUAUAAAGAGCCUCGAGGGCCUCAUCACCCGCCCCCCGGCCACCGCUCCGGACUUGAUCCCACAUCUGGAGCCAUCCAAAAACAUCACAACAACACCAGCCACUGCUAUAGCACCAAAUGGUCUGGUGGGCCAGGAAAUGGCAGCACAGGAUGACGACGAAGAUGACCUGUUAGGAGUCACAGACCUAGUGGACUACGUCUGCAAUAACGAACAAUUGUAAAAACAAAUGGUGUACUGUUCAUUUUUUGUUGUAUUUUUAUAUUGCUUAACUUUAUUAUUUCCUCCCCCACAACACUUCUUUGUUGUGCAUUUUUACUUGUGUCAUCAGGAGCUUGAUACUGAACAGUCUCUGCUACAGCAGGAACUGGAUCUCAGUUACCGGACUGUAGCUGUCCCUAUGGGACUGCAAAACAAUGAAUAAGGGCACCAACCGAUCAAGCCUCCAUUUGGUAAUAAUAAUGUCACCUGCAGAUCAUCCAGAUCCACUCAAACAUGAAAUCUGCCUUUUCUUAAAAAAUGUGUCAUUUCUCUUGUUGCACUUUUUUAACCUAAUCAAAAAUAUUUAAAUUUUGUUCUGGUACUCAUCUACAUAGAGGGAGAAUUGGCACUGAAAUCAUGUACUCUUUAGAAAAUAAACGAAUACGUAGGUUAAGGCUAAAUCACUGGGACCAUAGUUGAUUUAAAUUAAUUUGCAGAUUAUCAAAACCGAAAAUUGAUGAGUCCGAGUAACUGACAUUUUUUAAAUACAGAGUUUGACGAGAAGAUAUGAACCGCCCGUCCGUUAAGUGGUUGCAUCUUGCCUUGGGACAAAGAAUGAUGUAGUAUUCUGACAUAUUAUAUCUAUCUGCUACUCACACCGAGCAACAGAUGGAUGUAACUUGUCAGUGUGUGUGAGUGUGUGAGUGUGUGUGUGAGUGUGUGUGUGAGUGUGAGUGUGAGUGUGUGUGUGUGAGUUUUCCCCUUAAUGCUAAGCUCCCAAGCGUCCGGAUAAAAUCCUAUACUUCAUAGAGACGCACUGUGGCAGCCAUUGAACUGUCAGAGAGCUUCUAUUAGAAAAUGCCAAACCUGUAUUUUUAAGCAGAAAGCUUCAUGUCGGGUACAUUUGAGUCACGUAUUUGAUAAGCUAACGCACACACACCACAGCUGGGACACUGUGCUGUGUUGUAGGUUGUUCACCGUUUUCACCCUCGAUGUCACACGUAUAAAUUCAACCCCUGCAUCCGAUGAAGGUGUGAAUGUAUAUAUGUGAUGGACUAGUUGACCAACCUUCAUUUGUCAGCCCUUAACCUUGAAGUUUUGUUUAAUGAUAGAUUAGCCUUUUUAUAUAUUGUAUACAUAUAUCUUAUCUGCAUUUGCUGCCAUCAGUAUCGGUAAUAAAUUCCCAGUUUUUGUCUGUUUGGGGAAACAGAUUCCGAAGUAAAACUUGCUUGUCCCUCCUAAUUGUGAGAUCUAGUGUAGAUGCCUCAUAUAAAGUUUAUAUUACAUUUUGUGAUUUUUUUUUUUUUAAAGUACUUUUUGUAUAUCUAAAUAUUUGUUGUUGUCUCUAUAAGUGAAUUGUAAAGUGUCUUUUCUUUGUACAUUGUUCUUCAUAGAAGGUUCAAAAACCUGCAGAUCUAAGGUUUUUAUCAACUAAAAUAACACUUAGCUCUGAAACGCCCCUCUUUUUAUUUUUGAAAUUUAAUUUCUUCCCCCGGAUCUUCCUGCAUUAAACAACAAACCUAUUUCAUCUUAAUCGUUCUCUUUUUAAGAUCCUGCGUUGUCGUUUGGGUCAGGUUGCAAUAAAGUACCAACCUUUAAGACCUCAACACAGAUCGUCACCGAUUACGGAUAUCAUGUUUGAAUAUUUUGUGUUGAACUGUCAGGAGGCAGUUUUGAGCAGCCGGAGUCGGGGAACGGACAGAAUGAGUAAAACAAACCAAUGACUUCACUGACCUCUGCUGGAACCAGUCUGUGUAUAUCUGUAGUUUUUGCUGUAAUAUAUUUAGAGGCAUUUUUUAAAUCAUGGAAAAAUAUAUUGGGCAAUUCUUUUGGGAUUGCAUGAGUUUCUAAUCAUUUUCUUUUGUAGGGAAGUAAUAUUGGCACAACUAUUUGUUUUGUAACCAAACCUGAAAACUUUGGCAUGUUUUAAGGAUGUUAUCUCCUGACCUGUUGUGAGGCAGAUACCGGGAUAUUUCAUCAUUUGCAGUGAUGAGUGGUCGGCGCUAACUGACCUGCAAGUAAAGGGCAAGUUAUUGUAGGAAGUAAUAUAGGGUGUGGCAGAGAGGAAAUGAGGCCUGUUUGUAAGAUAUUUUGUAAAUUAAGUCUCAGCAUGGUCUUCAGAGGAUAAACCACUCUAUUUAUCAUUUUACCGUUUUGAUACUGACAAUGGCCAAAACACGACUUCCAAGACAAAACCUGUAUGUGCUGCUUGCAGCGCACACAACACAGGCUUCUAUACACAAUAUUUAGCUAUUAGAUUAGUUGGACAGAAUAUAGAAAAUCUAAUUCUACAAAUGUAAUAGAAGUGUGUGUUCUGGUGGGUUGAGUCAGUACCGGAAUGUUGAUGUCUGUGUGUUGUAUGUAACGUUGUUUAAUAUUCUCCACGGGGAUGAGGAGAAUGUUCUAAUAUGUAUCUCGCGGUUAUGAAAUAACCAGUAGCAAGGAACGUAAAGGAGCAGAGGCAAACACACAAGGAGGCAAAUUAUGGGAUGGGGGUGGGGCAUCGGUGCCAAUGACUGAAGUGUUAACAGAGUUUCCUAUUUACCUCAUGAUGAAUCUGGGAGGGAAGUCACCCUGUCCACUGUGUACAGAUCCUAGUAGACCGGUCGUUGGUGUUACUGUCUGCUCCUUACAUUUUUGUUAACUUCAUUGUUAUUUCUUAUAAAUCUGAUCUUGUACAUUUGUCAUAAUAAAAUUGCUUUUAAGCCUCA